CGGCCGUGGCCGUGGUGGUGGCGGCGGACAGCAGCGACGGCGGCGUCGGGGCAGCGCGCGCGGUGGUGCCGUCAGUGAGGCCGUCGGAGAAAUGGGAGAGCCGGGGUCGGAGAUAAUAGAAUCUGUCCCUCCAGCUGGACCCGAGGCACCCGAGGCAACAUCGGAAGAAAAUGAAGAUGACAUUCAGUUUGUCAGUGAAGGUCCACUAAGACCUGUCCUUGAGUACAUUGAUCUAGUCAGCAGUGAUGAUGAAGAGCCUAGCACCUCUCACAGUGAGAGAAUGCCUGAGUCUAAGGUGCCAUCCUCUGAGAAUCAUCGCCCAGAAAUGUGCUCUAGCUGCAGUGUUCCUCUUCUCAUUGGAGACAGCAGCUCCUCCUCUGGGAGUUGUACCAACAGUCCACAGAGAAUAGUUUCUCAACCUCCUUCUGUUGAGAACCCAUUGGAGAACCAGAAAAGUGAUCACAGUAAUUCAGAUAUUAAAAUCUGUGAGACUGAGACACUUAAACCAUCACACACUUUUCAGACUCUGCCUUCAUCUCCUCUUCUGGUCCCCCAAGAAUCUUUGACCUCUUCGGAGGUCAAGGAGGAUUUACCUGUAGAGUCUUCAGCUUCACAGCAUGGACAGGAUGCCAUCCUCUAUCUCCAGACACAAGUGGCUGAGAUGUCCCGAGUGAUACGUGAUCUUCAGUCCAGGAGUUGUUUUAGAUUUCAUCAUUCUAGACCAAGUGAGAACUCAUCAGUUCCUUGGGACAUUUCUACCUCCAAAGAAGAAAAUUUAUCCACAGUUGAAGAAGAAACUGACUGCAAAUCCCCCUCAGCUGAUGACAAAGGGCAGCCAGCUGACCCCAGUCAAUCUAGUUUCACAGGUCUCUUGAAGAGAAUGGAACAAAGAGGUGUUAUAAAGAGAGUAACAUUGCAGUCUGAAGCAGAAUCUUGUGAAGGUAAACCUGAUUAUGUGGCCUCUAAGAAACGUUUGGUUCCUCCAUUGCAUCCUCUUUUGAGAAUUGCUACCACUGAAGUUUUUAAAGAUCCUGCUGAUUGCCAUCCUUCUUCCUUCAUGGGACAUAGGGUGUAUCCUGUGGCCAAGGACACCUCUCCUUUCCAGCCAAAUCCACCAGCUGAGGGCCCCAUUGUAGAAGCAUUAGAACACAGCAAAAGAGGCAGCACAACAUCCCCUCUAGAUUCUACCUCAAAAGAAAUGGAGGUCAUGGGUUGUAGGUUCUAUCAUGCUGCUUCUAUUGCAGCCCGAGCUGCUAGCUACAUGGCCUAUAUGACUCAGUAUCAGCGUAAACUCUGGGAAGACAUGGAGGAUCUGGUCCAUGACCCAGAAUUUGAUCGUGGAAGAGCAAGGUGUAUAAUAGCUGAUGGUAUGGAUGCAGGCCUUUGGCAGCUUUGUACUACUAGGGACAUAAUGGACUCUGUAGUCAGAGUUAUGGCAAUGGCAAUAGACUACAGAAGGCAAGCUUGGCUCCGACUUACAUCUCUCACUAAAAAAACGCAGGAGAAGAUCUCACACUUGCCCUUUGAUGGUACUUCCCUUUUUGGACAAGAUGUGAAUGCUGUUGUUGCAGAAGAAAACAAUAUAAAGGAAAAUGACUAUAAAGACCACAACAAAUACUAUAACCAGCAUCGAUACUUUUAUAGUCAUGAUCAGAAAGCGCACUAUCAUUAUAGAGGAUACUCUAAAGGAGAUUGGUACAAACCCCGAAACCACCCCUACAGGUAUAGAAAAAAGGGAGAAUCUCCAGAACGCCAUGGGUACAAGAAUUAAUAACCCGUUCAUGUUCAGCAGUAUAACCAUCCAAGAGUCUAACUUUUGCUUGCUCUUUCUCACUCAUACAGGACAUACAGGUAGGAUUACCUCAAAAACUGAACACGUGGAAUUAUCACUGCUGACAUUUGCAUUCUACUUUUGGAAUAAAGUAUAUAAUAGACUUGUGCUUAAUUGGCCAAGUAACAGUAAACAGGCUUACAUAUAAGUAGGUUUAGACAAAGAUUUAUCCAUUAUUUUGGUCCAAACUAAAUCCAGAAGAGGGUACUCAGGAAUCUAAAUCUUGUGAAUUAAAGAAAAAUGCAAAGAUUUAUUCCUCAGGAAAAUCUUACUGGUAAACUGAGGACGAGCAGAUUUUGAAUCGGGAAAAAAACCUACUACUAGAUUUCUGUUUACUAAUACCAGAGGCAAAUCCUUUUUCAUGUCAUCAGUGCUUUAUUCAGGCUUCAGCUUGUCAGAUCUUCAAACAGUGACAAAAUCUGUUAAAAUCUAUGUUAUAAUGAGUCCAAGACCAAGAGUCCAUACUACUCUCAAGUUCCAUGGACUUCAGGCACAGCAUUGAAGCUCUAUGUCAAAAACUGGAAUUCAAAUCAGAUUUUGCCAAAUCUACUUGCUUCAAUGGGAUGACUAUACGUCACAGGUUUUCUAUGGACUUCAGCUGGAAAAAGACUUCACUACCUGGACCGUCUCUGUGGGUGUUUAUGUAGUAGUAACUCUCUUCAUCAACUGAUGGCUACCGUAACAAUCACCACUCAUAGCUACAUGUGAAAGAAGUCUUUAUGGUUAUCAACCUUAAACCUUUGACCUAACAAUGUCACAUAAUCAGCAGGUGUGAGACCCAGCAGGGUGGUCUCAGGAUAUACUGGGCCUUUGACCAAGACGACUUCUUAAACUUAACCUUCUAAACUGUUAACUUUUGAGCUUAAGGAUUCAUCACACUGAAUACAAAAACUGAUAGGCACAUUACAAAGGAUGUUACACCAUCCAGGCAUGCAAAAAUAAACUCUUAAAAGAGCAAGAAUUCCAAACAUGCCUGACAAUCUGAUUCUCUUAUUGUAAUGAAGGAUGCUAUCAGUCUAGUUGUUAUUGAGAAAUCCUUAAGAUUUAGAGUAUAACUGUGAAUGUGGUAAAAAGAGCGUCUCACACAGUUCUGUUCCUGGAUGUCUUUUUAAAUGAUGGUAUCCAUUAACUUCUUGAAAAUAUAAAAUCAAGACUUCAGUGACAUACUCUAGGUUAAUAUAAUCAAACUUUUAUCAUGAGAAAUGACUUAUCUUUUUGCUCCUGAUUGGUUCCAUUAAUAGUUCACCAUACUGGAACUGGCAGCAGAUACCUCAAUUAUGUGUUCAGUAGUAUCUUUUUAAUCUCCUGACAGUGGCUGUACAGUGUACGAGCCUUUAGAUCAUGUCUUUGCAGCAUGGCUUCAGAAAUGGAGGAAGUGUCAAGUUUAAGGGGGUCUGAUUAUAUCACCUAGUAUUAUCUGCUUGGCAGCCAAAAACCAAAAUACACUGACAGACUUAGUUUUGUGAUUACUUGGUUUGUCAAACAUUACAUUUUUUUUUCUUUUUUUAAAUCUGCUUGAUCAAAGUAUUUUGGGUCACUGUUAGUGGAAUAUAACUGUUUUGGCAUUCAUGUGGUUUCUGUUUCUUGUUCACGUUUUUGCACAGUGAUGAUUGACAUAUUUCCUGGGGCCCUUUAUUGGAAGCUCAUCUCCCCCUUCCCAUCAAAAUCAGCAUCCAUUUUAUCUACCUUUUUUCUCCCUAUUUGUCCUGUAGAGAUUGAAAACGCAGAUUUGCCUACUUGGAAGCAGUUAUUUUGUUGGAUAAUUUCAGGGUACUGAUGGAUCUUGUUUGUCUUAUUUGUAGAUUAAGUCUUAAACUAGUUUAAGUCAUGUCUUAACAUUUACCUUUAUUUUUUACUUCUGCUUUUUUUAUAUAUCCAUGCCAGUAUUCUAAAAACUAUCAAAUUGAAUUCUAGAAAAGCAUCAACUACCUGAAAAGAAACAAGGGCCUAAGAAUUCAUGUGAAGAUUUUGCAGUUCAUAUGUGUUAGGCUAGUCAAGUAGUUUCAUGUGAUCUUGUCAUGGUCUUAUAGUUUCUGCUAUGAAAGGAUAAGUCACUAGGGAACUCAUUGGAGAGGGACCUUGCAGUUAUUCUAUAUGACUGCCUAUAGGUAUUCCCAGUUUACUAAGACUUCAAACUGUUACCUCUUUUCCAUUUCUUCCUUUUCCUUCCUGAGUUAGAUUCUGUGUCAUAAACUUCAUGAUUUUUGAGAUAAUCUUAUUUUCAAAAAUCAAACCAAAAUAGAUGUAUGAAGAUUUAAUUUUCUAAAAUUGCUUUGUUACCCACUUGUUUAACACACACCUCAUUUUUAACUUUUCAGUUGUGAUUUUACAGAAACAAAUUUGUUAUCAUAAUCGCUUUCAUAACCAUUUAUAAGUUACAGUUCCAUAGUGUUAGCUAUAUAUACAUUGUUAUGUAGCUUCUCAAAUAUUUAUAAGGCAGCAGUGCUGUUAUUUUUCUCUUGUGUUAUUUAGGUUGCUCAGUAAGAAACAUGAGUAACAUUGCCACUCUAGUCAAUAUUUUCCAAGCAUCUCUAGAGAAUUUUCCUAAAAGUGAAAAGAUUUUGAGAAAUGAACAAGUAGGUUACUUCUGAAGGGAUUUGGCAGUUGAGUAGGGAUGGGGACAGAAUGCAGUAGAGUAGGAACAGUUUUUAGGUAUAGAUUAAUUUUCAGGAGAAAACUGUAUUCUUAACAUGUUUGUUUUUUUCAUUUAAACUCUUCUCUGACAUACUUGAAUCAUGAUAGUGUUAUAAAACUAAAAAUGGAGCCUGGGAUUAGGGAGACAACCUAGUAGACAACCCUAGUACCUUAUGGAACUCAUAAUUAGAUAAGUUUUCUGUUGUGCCUGCUAUGUGCAGAGCCUAUGAUAAAAUUCUCCAUUAGGCCAACCUCUGAUGUUUAAAUACCUCUAGAUUUUCUAGGCGGCCUUGAAAUAAUCACAAGUUUAUUGAUUCGGUAUUCUCAAAAUGGAUACCUCUAAUGCUUUUUCUUUAAGAUGUUAUUUCUUGACUAGACUUAAGAUAUAUGUGGAGACAAUAUGAUUUUUUUGUUAACUGUGUAUAGAGAAAUACUGUUUCCAUUUUUUAUGAAGUGCCUUUUUAAAUUUCAUACUAUUGUUUAAAACUUAACAUUUUGAUGUCUGACAUGUUGCUGGUGAUAUUUAUGUUAAUUCUGUACAGUGAUUUUUAAUUUUGUAGUGUUUUCAUCUGUACAAUUGCACUAUCUAAAUGUACUCUCCUUCUGAAAGUUACUUUUUCUUUAUAGCACUGUUGAUCCAUUUCAGAAGGUUGUAGAGUAUGCCCCUCCCCCUUUAUUUAAGUAAUCUCGCAGAGGUUCUUUUUAGUUAUUAGAGAUUAGCUCAGUUUUUCUGGGCAUUAAGUAAUCUUUGCUCCAUAUGUAACCUUUUUCUUAGCUGUGGUAACACCACUUAUAUUUGAUAAGUGAAUGUGUUUACCUGCUAAGAACAAACAAAAAUACUCAAAGCAGUAAAUUUGGUGACACUUGUAUCUUUUUUUUUUUUCAGACUGUGUGACAGCUUCAUUAUCUGUGUAAUUGCAUUUUAAUUUUUUUUUUAUUCUGUGGCAGCUUUUUGAUCAGUACAAUUCAUUUAUUUACUUAGCUCUUAAAUAAUAUUUUGAGGGAAGCAUAAACUUUCAGGCUACUUGGAUACUGUUUAGUACUUUAUGUUAGUACUAUUACUAAUAAUUUACUGACUGAUACCUAAGUGACCUGAUUGAUAAUGUUCUUAAGGGCCCACUACACCCAGGAUAACCUCUCAGGUACUGUAAACAAGGAGGUUGUAACAGACACAAUUCAGAAUUCGUUCUAGCUAAAAAAUUGGAUACUAAUUUAGAGGAACAGGGUUAAAUGUCACAUUCAGUGUUCUUGAUAUAAUUGGGAUUCUGAUGAAGGUUAGAUAUUAUGGAUUAGAUCUUUGUAGAACUAGUUUAAAAAUUGCAAUAACUGAAAACUUUUUUUUUUUAAUGUGAGGCACAUUUUGCCCCAGACUUGCACUCUUUAGGUUGCUUCAUCUUUGGGAACUUAGCUUUAUUUUCUUAUUGUUAGAAGCUAAUUUAAUAAUUAUGAUACCUGAUUGCAUCAUAUGCAGAUCAUUGAGUUGGCAGAUCCAUUCAAUGUAGUUUUUUAUUAGUUGAUACAGAAACCAGUCUUUCAUUUUUCAUAUGAAAUAGACAAAACUUACCAGUAAAUCACUAUUUGGGUGCAAAUGUUAUUUUUCCAGAUAUAAGGAGUUUUGUAAGCCAUUAAAAUAUUCUUUUAUGGAAUUUGGUGGAUGAAUGAUGAGAGUAUUAUUUUAUUAGACCUUUUUACCUUAUUGAUUAGUAGGGUAUUUUUUGGGCCACCUUGUCUUUUCAUUUGCUUGACUUUAUAGUAAUGAAAACUUUUUAUAGUAGUGUUUGGUACCAUUGAGAUAUAUCUUAAUACUGAAAUUUAAGUUUGCUUCUGGUGAGAGGUAUCUAAAAGUGAUCACAAUCCAAUUACGUCUUUCUGAUGUUUGCAUAUCAGUUAUUUCAUUCUUUAUAACUGAUCUUUUUUCCCCUUUAUGUAACACCUCUUUAGAAGGAUGUCUGAUUUUCCCUUAAUCUCUUUGAUGUAGAUAAUAUUUUUAUUCUACCUGUAUAUACCAGCCAGGAUUUUGAUAAUGGCUUUGUAUAUUUAAAUACAAUGCCUUUAGCAUUAUUAUAAGAGGUUUUCUAGUUUUCUCUUAUAUGUUCUUUUUGAAAAAGUAGCAAUCCAAUCUCAUUAUUUCCUGGCCAUUGUUUAAUGACAGUAUUUUCUUAUUUCUACAUAUUCUUUACAGAAGUGUAUUAUUACAUAGAGUUUAUAGUUAAUUGCAUCUCUUUUCAUAAAAAUUUCAAGCCCAUCACCAUGAACUUAUAGCUCUGACAUAUACUGUAUCUUAAAGUUAACAGUUUUCUCUAGGUCUUAAGGGCUUUAUACUAAUAUUUUGUUGAGGUAACUGUCUAUUUCAAAUGGUCUCUUGGAUUUUCUGAUGCCUUGUCAAGAAUUCAAUAAGUGUUCUCAGGUUGUUUGUACUUUCUUUUAGAAUUUGGUGGUCUCUCAAAAUAACAGUGAGUUUUGUGAUAUUCCAGAGUAUAUUCCUUGGUAGAAGUAAAAGUAAAUGGUUUAUAUCUGGUGAUAUUUAAAAAAAAUUCUCCUUUGACUUUAAAUGCUUUAAGUGUUAUUGUGUUACAAGUUUCAAUUAGCAGUCCCUUUCUAAGACUAAUUUUCAUGUGCUGUUUAUUUUCUAUGGUUGAUCAUAUGCUUUUGUUUUCUUUAUUACCUGCAAGAAUGACACUAUCACAGCAUUCAAUUUUAAGGGCUACUGUUAGACCUCUUGCUAAUUCCCAUUCUUAUGAUGGUUAUUUCACACUACCUUGAUUUAUAAUGUAGUAUUGUUUGAAAUUUAUCAUGUUUGUGGUUCCUUUUUGUAUUUGCUUUUCAUUGAGACACUGUUGUAGAUGGUAGGAACAAAAAGACACUUUUUCAAGUCAGUAAACAGUUAAAAAUAUUCAGUUCCAUUUUUAUAAACACAAUUACAUUUCUGCCUUGGGUAGACUAUAGUUAAUUUGUGGUCUCAUCAGAUUCUUAGCACAAAGUUGUAUGAAUAGUAGUCUUUAUUUAAUAGCUUACAACCGUUUCUGUUUUACUUUCAGCCAAAAUAUAUUUUGACAGAUCUUGGAAGCACCUUGAUAGUCUUGGGUCUUAAUGACCUCUGGGAAGGAAGUAUUGGAACCUACAUUUAUAGAGCUUAUUCAUUAGGCUCUGUGCUAGUGAAUAUGCAAGGUACUCUGAGGCAGAAAUUCCCCCUUAACUUUACAGAUGAGGAAAUGAAACAUUAACAUUAAGCAACUUGUUUGUGGUAGAAUUGAGCAUUGAAUAUAGACUUUACCUCUCUGAUAAACUAACAUGACAUUCACUAAUCUUUUUCUUCCCUGAACAUUGUGUUUAUGACUAUACUUUCAUCCAUUAGUACUUGAUGUAUUAACUAAUUCUGGGUUAUUUCACUGUGCUGAACUAAGAUAAAUCUUGAUGUAUAGUCAUAGGCUUCUGUUUCAUAUAUUGCUUAUUUGUAUUCAUUCCAUACAUCCAUUCAUUUUCAGCACUGAUCUGUUUAGUUACGGUUCUUAUGAAUGGUAGAAUUUUCCUUGUUCUACCUUUUUGUUUGUCAUGCCAUUUUCUUUUAGAUAUACAGUUUAAAUUUUUUCUUUGCUGGUGUCUUUAGGAAUUGGUUUAAUGGAAGGUAGGUAGAAUGAUGCAAAGCACAUGGUAUUUGAAUUCCAAAGACCUUGAUCUAAGUGUUAGCAAGUCACAUACUCUCUGAGUCUCAGUUUUCUUAAUCUCAAAUGAAGUAGUGUCUGGAAGUAUUUUGAAAAUUCAAAAACUAUAGAUUUCUUUCUUUAAUAGUUGUGCUGUUUCUAUCCACAUUGGUAGGUUUUUUGUAACUGUGUGGUGGUACUGAAUAUAAAUACAUAUACAUUUUAAGGUGUAUUUAAUAGCAUGUAAUAAUUCAUUUUAUGUUACCAGAUUGUUCCCCUUGUUUACAUUUCUUAAGGCUGAGCCUAUUAAGCUAUAUUGCAACCCCAUCAAUGAUGUAAGUCAUUAAAAGACAUUAAAGUAAAAUAAUUUCUCAAGUGCAAGCUAAGAAAUGCUUAUAAUAAACAAGAAAGAAAUUUUAGAAUGUAGAAUGAAAAGCUAGGGUAUAUAGGUAAGUGUAUACGAUUUUUGAUGGUAUUUUGUCAUUUUGUGUCUAUGUUGAAAGUAAUCUUUCAUUUAUCAGACAUCUUUUUAAAUACUUGUUUUGUGUAGGCAGGCAUUGAGGAAGAUCUGGGGAUACUGGGCGAUAAUAGGAGAUAGUAUAGUCUCUUAAGAAAAGAAAGAAAUACCAGUACAAUAUACUUGUCCUGUUUGGAGGAAUGCCUGAGAUGAGUUGGAAUAAAAGGGAGUCAUCUAGAGGAGGGGUCAGGUAAGCUUUUCUUAUCAAAUGCUUGAGAUGAGGUUGGGAGCAUGAUUAGGAAAGAGUUGGAUUGGUAGAAACAGGAACCAGGCACUCAGAUGAAGGAAAUCUGUGUGUGCAGAGAUGUGGGGGAACAUGUGUCUGGCUUUAGAAUUGGUAAGGAACACCUUUUAUGGGUAUAGAAUUCGAGGUGUUUGAAGGAGGAUUAUCCAUGAAAAUGUAUUGGUUCCUACCUAUUCAAAGGAUACCAAGUUUGAGUACCAUGGUCCACUAUGGACAGCUAUAACAAUUCUGUUUUCCCCAAACUGAACCAAAGGGAUGCUCUCAUUGAUGUACACCUUUACCUUUAACAGGAGUGUGACAUCCCAUUUUGUGUAUACAGUUGCCUACUUCAGGACAACUUUUUAGCAGUGUGUGCUCAGUGUAGCUAAGUUUGGCUACUUUCCCCUUGGCUUACAGAUAAUUUGGCUUAUGACUUGGGGAAAAUAGAGAUAUUUUAAAAGAUGUUUCAUUGAAGUUUGGAGAUGAUGUGAAGACCUGUGAAUCUUGUACCAGUUGUACCUCCAGCAGCACCCAAACCACAUUUAGUUUCUGUUUGUUUUUACCUCUGGUUUGAGUUCUUUCUUGCUGUUGCCACUUUAACCUUCUCUGUCUCCUUAAUUCAUCCUUUUUCUUUCUGUACCAGAGAUAGAACAAUGGCACUAAGGCCUAGGAAGUCACAAUUUCACUUUCAGAGAUAUUUGAAACUUCUUUUAAGUUCCACAUUGGUAGGUUUUUAAUAACUGUGUGGUGGUACUGAAUAUAAAUACAUAUAUUCUCCCUGUGUUGAAUCAAAGACAUUUUCCCUAGGAGAUUUUAUAAAUAAUAUUGGCAAUUUACCCAAAAGACAAUGCAAGAAGAAUUGUAUUUCACAGGUUUGGUGGUACUAGCCUUCUUAAAUGAGUAAAAUACUUUAUGGAAUGGGAUGUAGCUGUAUGUAUGUUUUUAAAUUUGUUCAUAUAAGACAUGUUCUGUGUACUUUGUAAUUGUAAACAAUAACUAGUUGGGGGUGGGAAGGAGAUUGCUUUGUACAAAAGGGUUGUUUCCUGGUUCCAAUGCUUUGCUGCUAGAGAUGGUAAAUAAAUAUCGUACUGCUUUGCCGUGUUUAUCUCUUCUGCUCUAUCUGUAUUUGAAUACAAAAUUCUUGAGAAAAUUGUUGCUUUUCAAAAUGUUAUUUGGGGUAUGAUUUGAGUUACAAGUUGUGCCAAAGAAGCACCUGGUAAACAACUUCUGGGAGUGCAAAUUCAUGCAAACUAUGGACCAAACCCUUAAUUGGGAAGUGAUAAACAGACUUCUAAACUUGAUUUUGUAUGAAGUAAUGAAUGCAGUUUAAUGAAUUCUGUUCAAAUCAGGCUCUCAGAAGGAAAUAACUUUUGGUUACCUCUGAGAUUUCUUUGAACCUUGAGUCCCUUAUAUAGAAGAUAAAGAGGAAAGGAAUGGUCAUUCUUCAUUUGGUACCACUCUGAGUAAUCAAGGCUUGCUGGCAUUCAGGAAGACAUAUAACAAUAAAUUUUACCUUGGUUUGGUCUAUAUUUAUCCCCCCUCCCUAUGCUUUACUCUCUACCUCCCACAAAUUUUAUUACUUAUUGCUGACUUUUCUCAGUAGCCAAAAAGUGCCUUUGGACAGUCAGGGACCUGGGUUGUCAUGUUAACUUCUGGAUAACUAUUUUUACAGAAUGCUUUCUCCUAGAUUAUAUCACUGUAUACUACAUGUCACUGAAUUACUCCAUUUUGGAGAGAUGUCCAGUGACUAUAUUAGUAUUUCCAUUAAAAAAGUAACGUAGAAAAUGCCUAAUGGGAACUUUUAGUUAAGUAUUAAAAUGCAUUUUAGAGAUUAGUAAUGAUUUUAAAGUGUUAAUCUUUGUUUAUAAAGAAGCCACAGUGAUAUAAGCCACAGGCUAUUGUAAAAUAUUAACUUUUGAAGCAAACCCUGUUUUUCAAAGACAAUGCUUUACAAAAAGCAGAAUUCUUGCUUCAUUUCUACAUUUUUUUAAACUUCAUCUUGGCAACUAUAUCUCGAAAAUUGGUUUAGAUAGUUACGGCAGUAAGAAGUGACCUCAAUACUCAACUUUUAGAUUAGCAAAUGAAUAAAAAGUGAAAGCUGCCUAUAUUUAAUUGAAAAAUUUAUUUGUGGUACUACCUUCUUAAAAAAUGCAUUCAAUAAUGAAGUCAGUUAAUUGGCAAUCCUAUGACUCUUACCCUCCUAAACCAUGAUACUUGACUGAGAGUAAACGGUUCCAAAAAGAGGCAUUUGGAGAUGAAUUUUAAAAGUUCUCCUGUGAAGUCAUUUAAGUAUGCGUUUAUCUGACACAGAAAUUCAGGUUCUAGUAAAUUUUUUUUAGAGAUUUAUUUAUGCAUUAAGAACAGGGGUAUAAGCCAGAGAAGGGUGGGUGAGAGGAUUCACCAGGGACAGAGUAGAGAGCAGAAUAGGCAGACCCACUGAAAUAUACGGCUAAGGGCAAGACAGGAGAGGUCUCCUGUGCCAUGUGGGUUAGCUCUCUGGCUGGGGAUAACUUGAUAGUGCUGAGAAUUUAACCACUGCGCCACCAGAAAGGUCCUCCUUUUUAAUUUAUUAAAUAUUGAGUAUUUUUUAAAUAUCACCAUUAAUUUGACUUUUUUUUAAAGAUUUAUUUAUACAAGCACUGGGGUACAGGCCAGAGGUGUGGGAGGGUGAGAGAAUCCACCAGAGACAGAGCAGGGAGCAGAACAGGCAGAAGGACCAAAAUACACACUGCUGAGGGGAGCAGCGGGCGAGACAGGAGAGGUCUGCCGGGCCAUGUGGGAAUCUGCCUGGGCCGGGCGGGAAUCGAAACGGCCCCUCAUAGGCUGUGGACAGCUUCACAGCGCUGUGCUCAACCCAUUGCGCCAUGGGGGAGGCCCUUAACUACUUUUAAUGUUUUAACUUUAUUUCAGAAUAUAAAUCUGUACUUAGUGCUAUGGGAUUUUUUAAAAAGCACAUGUAAUUAAAGAAAAACAAAUUUUAAAGUAUGUGUUAGCGUUAAAGUGAUAAUGGUGCUUGACAUCAAAACUAAAAGUUACUUCCCAGCAACCAUUAGGCUAUUGACCUGGAAAUGACUUACCCUAAUUCUUGUUCAUAACUAUUUUUAUCAGCUUUGGAAAAUAGUAUAAUACUCUCAUAAUACUGCUAGAAACAAAAAUCUGGGGGAGGAGAGUUAAAUAAAAUUUACUAAUAGAGUAUGUUCCAUCUAGAUAUAAAUUUCCUGUGUUUGUGAAAGAUAGAUGUUACACAUUUUUAUGUUAUAAAUCAGUAACCUAAAUUACAGUCUCAUACAUAACAGUGAGAUCAGUAAUACUUUCCACCUGUACAGUCUUGGUCACUAAUAACAGAAAUUUCAUUAAUAGUUUUUAUUAGUUACACUGAAGAUGAAAAAUUAGAAACUGUAGAUAAGGAAAAAACUCAACACAACUUUUAUUUAUAGCCUAGAUUUUACUUACCUAUUUAUAUAAAAAUGGAAUCAUUUUCACUUAAUGUAAGUGAUAGAGAAAAAGACACUAAUAUAUACAGAUUAUAACUUUGUUCAUUAGUGGGAUUUUGUCAUCAUUAAUUUGUCUAUUUCACGGUUUUGUAUCCUUUAUGGUUCACAUAGCAGAUCACUUUCACAGCAGUGUUAGAAAUUUUAACUUUCCAGGAAAUCUUGAC